AUGUCUUUUCCAUCUCGCGCAGCCCAGUCUUGCCGGCUGUGCUCUCCCAGGGCAUCGCAGCACAUCAUACAACUUUCGCAACGUUCCGGCGGAGUUCGAAGAUUUGGUUCGUCGAUACGGAGCUCACGGCCCGCGCUUCCUGCGGCGAAUUACACCAAUUUCGAGCAUUUGACGACCAGGACAGCAGCAGCAGCAGACCGAAGGAAAUGGCGCGGUGGAGCUCGGUUUCGGGCAUUAGCGACAGACACUGGUCUGGUUCAGGAUCCAGAAAGUCGCAAAGCCGAGAUUUACACUUUGAUCGAUAAUAUUCACCAACAUGAGGACGAACUUUCGGAGAUUUUGGAUGAUUUGCUUAUUGAGGACUAUGAACAUAUCAUCGAUACGAGGGGCUGGCGUAUGGACGACGCAUUCAGUGGCACCAUCGGCCACAGAAAUUAUCAAUCGCUCGAAACGAAGGUUGUACAGGCGCGUCAAGAAUUCGGGGAAUACCUACCGGAUGGUCAUCUGAAUGCUGCAGAGGUCGAGCUUUAUAAUAGACUAUAUGGAGAAGCUAUCGUCAGAUCUGCUGAUGCAGAAAUGGAGGUCGAUGAAAGAGAGCCGGACAAAUUGUUGAGAUAUGAUGGUGAAGGUGGUUUCGAAGAAAUCGACUACGACCGUGAAAGCGCAAUCGAUGCCGAUAUCUCCGAGACGUACGAUUUGAGCGAUGAAUCUCUGGAAGAAGAUUCCUCCGUAAUCCGGCGUGCUGCAGAGGCUGCAAAACGAUUGGGGGGUGUUUUGUUGGAGGACGAAAUGGAAAUUGGAGGAGAAGAAUCUGAAAGCGGACCCCGACUUCAUCCCUUAACUGAGGCUGGAAAGUUCUCUACCAGCCCGAGAACAGUCUUCAUUCCUCAAGAUUCAGUUACUGGACCGAUUUCAGUGAUUCUGUCUAAUUACUCCAACAGGCACAUCGCCGAAGCUGCGCAGAAAGUCUUUGGCGGUCGUCGGUUGCCGCAUUCUACGACUACAUUGCCACCGGGCGCUCAAAUUCCACAGCUUCCUAUACCCCUGUCUGCUGCACAACACCAUAUGAGUGACAUGGAAGCAAAUGCCUACCUUGCCGCGCUCUAUCCUGGAAUUUAUGCCUCAACUCUCAGUGUACUUGUUGAAGUUAGGAAACGCCUUAGCAGCCAAUGGCUUCGGAACUUGAUGAAUCAGGAGACGGGCCCUCGCGUUCUAGAUGCUGGUGGCUCUGGUGCGGGUAUUUUAGCAUGGAGAGACGUUCUUCGAGCAGAAUAUGAGACUAUGGUACCAGACCAUCCGAAAGAUGCGCCUAUUCCUACUGGAAAAUCCACGGUGCUUGCGGGCUCUGACGCUCUACAGCUGAGAGCCAGUACACUGCUAGAGAACACAACUUUUCUUCCUCGACUUCCAGAUUAUGUGCAUGUUAGAGACAGCAGCACCUUGGAAGAUGACCGAGCACCUCCCAAGAGAAAGCAAUUCGACGUUAUCAUUGCCCCUCACACGCUUCUUGAAAUUGAAGAAGACUACAUGCGAAAACAGCACGUGAAAAACUUAUGGGCACUCCUCAACCCGAAUGGCGGUGUCUUGAUUUUGCUGGAGAAGGGUCGUCAGAAGGGAUUUGAGGCCAUUGCCGGCGCCAGAGAGAUGCUUCUCGAGAGACACAUUGCCAGUCCCGGGUCCACCGAUUACGAAAGCUUAACAGAAUCUGGCGACCAGGGUUCUAUCAAGAAGGAACCCGGUAUGAUCAUUGCUCCCUGCACUAACCAUGGCAAGUGCCCAAUGUACCACAUUAGCGGACAUGCGAAAGGCCGAAGCGACUAUUGCCACUUUGAGCAACGAUACAUUCGACCUCCCUUCUUACAGCGUAUCAUUGGAGCGAAGGAUCGUAACCAUGAAGAUGUCGAAUUCAGUUAUGUGGCUGUUCAACGUGGCGUUGACAUGCGGCAGCAAGACUCCAUCACACAGGGAAAAGCUGCUACGGAUGCUGCAUUCGAAGGCUAUGAAUACGAAGAUGACCUUUCGACUACCGAAGACGCAGAAACUGCCUCAUCAGCGGCAUCAGCAGUACCAUCCUCAGCCACCACGACUCCCGCUUUCAACCCCCUGUCUCUCCCGCGCUCAGUCCUUCCGCCAAUGAAACGACGAGGUCAUGUCAUCUUCGACUUUUGCACCCCAGAAGGCAAAAUUGAGCGCUGGACCGUCCCCCGUUCAUUCAGCCGCCAAGCCUACCACGACGCACGCAAAGCACGAUGGGGAGAUCUCUGGGCCCUUGGAGCCAAAACGCGAAUUCCACGGAACCUCAAAUUAGGAAGUGCAGCAAGCACAGAGAGCAAAAAGGAAAGAUUAAUGCGUCGAGCAGCCAGCAAAAUUGCUGAAUUGGAACAGCAAGAAGAAGGAGAAGAAGAAGCUGAAGUUGAAGAUGAUAUUGUCUCGCAAGAAGAGAAAGGAGCAGCAGCACCUGAUCCGGCCUUGGCUAAUGCGCUUAAGGAGCAAGCUAUGUCCCUUGAGCGGAGGAAGAAAGGACAUAAUAUUCCUAGCUGGAAGAGACAUGCUGAUAAGAAACGCGUCCGACAAGCUGUUAGGAAAGCUUCUUCAAACACUGCUACGGAGGAUUUCAUUUAA